CAUGCUAUAGCUACACGCAGACAACACUUUAGCUGUUUACCGUCGUGUGAAUUUACAUACGCAAGCCUCACAUCACACACACAACACAUACGUGCUUGUCUCCCGCUAUAUCAGUAUAACGUGAUCGUUGAUACCGAAACCGAGACAUACACAAACAAUACAAUAACCUUUAAUUGUGCUGCAUUCUCCGCGAUUUCACAACAUUGCACGAGUUUUGACACCUGAAGCACUGUCAAUUUUUACAUUCAAUACAUACACUCAUAAUUUUUUUAUCACGGUAUAUACACAGUCGCUACAUAUACAAAGAAUACAAACAGAAGCAAGUACACGCCCGUCAGGGGUUCCUUCGGGUUCUACCGUAGAUCAAUUACUCCAUCUCUGUCAGAGAUCUAAUUUUGACUAGUCUAUAAAAAUGCGCCAAAGCUAUCUUGUGAGCGCAUUGGCGCUUUUGGCGUCUGCACACAAUGUAUAUGCAGGGUUAUCUGUGCUUGAGAGACACAUUAGACAGGAACUAGUCGAAGAACCAGCGGAAGAAGCCGUAGUCAUAGCGGUAGCAGUUGGAGAUUUAGAGGAGGCUAUAUAUAGUGCACCUGAGGGUGCCACAUUAGUACUAGCACCCGGUAUACAUAUAGUAGAGUCAACAAUAGCUAUUAUUAAUACAAUUACGAUUAUGGGCGGGGGUGACAAUUCAACGGAUACAAUCAUUUCCUCGGCGGUAACGAACGUAUUCGCAUCUUCAGACGUCGCAGUCGAUCUAAAAUUAGAAGGAAUCUACCUAGAGGGAGAAAAUGGUCGGUGCGCACUGAACAAUCCGGUUGCGACCGCCACGGAUUUCAACGUGGGUGUUAUAGUACCCGCUGUCAGUCUCGCAGACAAUAAGAUGUUUUUGGAGUUAGACCUAGGUGCCGUGUACGCAGGACGUGUGCUGGAUGACAUCCACGUGCAGAGCUGUGGUAUCAUGGACAAUAUAGUGGGCAAUACCGAGAACAACGCUGUAGAAGCUAUCAGCGACUAUAACAUGUACAUCACCAAUGCCUGCCGAAUGAAAGUGUCUAUGAACGUGCUUGUGAGUCGAUUUGGUGAUUGUAACUUCGGCAUCACUGAGACGCCUACCGCCACGCAGUACAGGGCGGCCGUGAAGGCGUACUAUUCGGAGGAAGUUCGGUACGAUACCCCCGGCGAGGUCUUAGACUAUCCCGUGGAGCGCAAUGGUGAGGCUAUGACUAUUGUCUCAGCGACCGUCUCCACGCUGUCCGUGACCCAAAUGGGCAUCAGCACACUACCCGAGUAUUCCCUGCGUGAGGGUGCGAUGGAUACGUUUGGUAUCUCGUCCGUGGAAGAUCAAUCGUUCGAAGUCAUUGGUCUGAUCGACAAUCUCGAUGUCCCCACACGUGCCGAGUUGAUGGAAGGAGGUGCUCAGGUGUCCAAACUCCAGGUACAGUUGUACGUACCUGGUCCCUGCUACAUUCCCUCUGGGUCUACGGGUACUACCGAGCUGGUGGGUGAAUCCAAGGGAUUGCCGGAUCAAGGUGCCGGUAGUUGCGCGGGGCGUGCCGUGGAUCUAACCAAGUCUUCGAGUAGCGUUGCCAAUGGAACUUCUUUCCUAGACAUCCAAUUAUUGGACAGCAAUAACGAGGUGACUGUCGUAAAAACAGACAACAACGGAGACUUCGUCUUUGCGGAUCUUGCUCUGGGUACCUACACCAUCAAGCCCCCACUACAGUCUGGAGAUACUGCCGCUUCUAAGCUUGAACUGGUUGCGGGUGGACCCGAGUCUACGUGCCAGGUGUCCCAGGGCAGCGCCACACACAUCCCGGACUACUACUAUAGUGGCGAGGCCAGUGUGGCCGGUAUCUUGUACUACGGAGAUGUGAGCCGCCGUGCCGGAUACGUCACCGUAUCACUGUACAAGGAUGGCGAAGAGAUUGAGACUGCCAACACGGAUGAUCGUGGUGUGUAUUCGUUCACCAAUAAGAUCGAUGGCACGUAUGAGGUGGUGGUGCCCAAGACCCUUAUGGACGGGAGCCCUAUCGCUGGCUCUGAUACUGAGCGCAAAGAGAUUGCAAUUGUCAUUAACGAAGUCAGUGCCGCCGUGAACUUCCAGUAUGACGACGCACCCGCACUGGCAAAUGUGGGUCAGAACGCCACCUACAGCGGACAACUCAAGGUGAUCAAACAGGACGGGGCGGAUGAGACGGACUAUGUAGUGGACUUCCUGCCCAAUACGGACCUGGCGUUGCUAGGCGACGGAAUGACCGUGCCGAUUGUCGCCACCACGGAUGCGUCUGGCAAUUUCUUGUUUGAGAAUCUGGCCGGGGGUAUGUAUGUGAUCACUCUGCCUUCAACUGCAGGCACCGGAGGCGAGUACUCGCUCGUGGGUGGCCCCAGCUACGGUACACCCAACCGUGUGGUUGACCUGGCCUCAGGCGAAGUAUAUACCGAGCAAGAUGCGUUUGUGUACUCGGAUGCCACUCGCAUCUCUGGACGUGUGCUAGACCACAGCGGUCAGGGCGUGGAGGGUGUGGCUAUGCAAAGCGAGGCCAACAAUGUCAUCUCGAGUACUACUACCACUGUAGAUGGAUUCUAUUCCUUUAGCGACUUUGAGUCAGGUCUAUCGGUCGUAAGCAUUGUGGCGUACCCCGAGGGUAUGGCGAUUGCCAACGAUGGAGACGCCACCCUGGACGGCCAGACUGGUAGUGUGGCUGAUGGUUCCAAUGCAGCGUAUCUUGAAUUCGUCAUCGCACCCACCAACUCUGUAUCAGGACGUGCCGUCAGCACUAUCGGCGGUGGAGGGGUACCGAACUUAGCCGUCGGGCUUAAGGAUAGCAGCGGCGCCGUUGUGGGCGCUGCGGUGACUGACGAAUUCGGUGGGUACACCAUCCCCAUUCCUGCUGGUUCCUCGGGAGCUUUCAUCGUUGCUGUCGCUGAGUAUGUGCCCGACGCCUAUGGUCUGGUGUCGGAUGGCGAUUCCACAACAGGGUUUGGCCAUGACGGCUUAAUCAAUGUGGAGCUGGUGGAGAACGAGAACUUCUUGGUGCACAACGUCUUCUAUGUGCCCUACGGCUACGCCGGACAGAGUCGCAAGGACAGCAACAACCAGAUCAGCGGCUGUCUGAAGAAGUCCAACAACAACAAGGGCGCCAGUGGUGUGCAGGUGAUCCUCAAGAACAUGGCCGAUGGGUCUGAGCGGGCCGCCUCCACUAAUGGUCUGGGCCACUUCACCUUUGACCGCGUGCGUAUGGGCAGCUUCCAGGUGGUUGUGCCCGGCACUUCAGGCACAGCCGUUCUCACGCAGCAGCCGGGUACCAACGUGAACGGUGCCGUGGACGUGACUAUGGCAGGGGGCAACCUGCACGUCGGAUACUUCGGAUACACGGAUGAACUUUCUGAAGAAGGUAUCUAUGCCGCCCCUAUCCCCGGGGAAUGGAAACUUAUCAGCGAGCCAUGCGAGGAUCUGACCCAGGAGUACUGCCAGCAGACAGUCACCACCAACAUCGCUGGAUGCGAUCUGACGCACGCGUAUAUGAUGGCCAGCAUCCCCGUCGAGUGUCCCUCGAACACGACCCAGGUGAACGGCACGCAGGUGACGUUCCACAUUACCACGGCGAAUAUGUGCGAGAAGGAGGAGUUGUAUAUCAGUGCCGGGUUCAUUCCUCAGGUGCGGUACACGCUUGAGGACUUCACCACCACCGCAGAAAGCUCGGACUUUGAGUUAGGCGGCACAGCCUACUACGAGAUCAGCCUAGAGCCCACCAACACUGGUUUGUCUAUCGCUGACGCCAGCGUGGUGGGUGUGACACGCACUACCACUGGUGACUGUGACCGGUACGCGGUAUGGGCGCCGCAGGAGGGUGACAUGAGUACGGUCUACCAGGAGUUCAGUGCCAGUGAAGGGGAGUACCCACGUAUCCGGGUCAGUGUGGGGCUGAGUGGUCCCAUGACCUGUGCAACGCCCAGUGUCCCGGCUGUGAACAUGGCUGUGUACUGGACCGUUGCGGUCGAGUACGGCAUGGCCGCGGCCGAGGGAGGCCGACGCCGACGCCGCACUAUCAGCACGCGGCAGACACCUCAGGGCGAUGGUACCACAUACUCGGAGGGUGAUCGAGCGGAAAGCGAACUGGAGAUUGCCUCAAGGGUCAGCUAUUCACUGCAGGACUUGUUAGAGGAGGAAUCGCGUAUACACAAGGCCGAGAGCACUGGGGAGUCCGUUGAGGUCAACCAGUUCGAGGUACAGGCGGCUCUACAUGCGGAGGAGAACAAACCCAAGGCAAACAUCAACUCAGACUAUAUCAUCAUGUACUCGAGUAUCCUGACUGGUCUGGCCAUGCUAGUGUGCUGUGGCUUGUCGACGAUGUUUGCGGUGGUGUACAUGCGCAUCCGCCGCAACAGGCUGUUGAAGGAGCGCGGACUGCCUCUAGAUAUGAAGAUCAAUGACAUGGGUGGAGGUGCCUUCGCGCAAUACGAGGGCAAGAGAAUGGCCCAGCACGCGUCUCCGAUGUACAUGCACAACAAUGCGGCGCAAGCGUCAGCGGGCACGCACAGAGCUCCCCAGACCAACGACUCACAACGUGUUAUGCUGAAUAGUAAUGCGCACACGCGCGAUACUGAUGAGGACAAUGUCAGCAACGAGGGCGUUACUGUCGCGCCUAUCCACCCGCGCUUUAUGGCCAAGUCCGAGAAGGGCAGUAGUACGGCCAGGCUGGCGAACGAUCCCAUGGAUUACCAGAGUAUCGAUCUGCCCAAGAGCCUGCCGUUCGCACCCGUAUACCCCCCGUCCCAGGCGCAGAAGACCGGGGUCAGUGACACCAGCGACGACUCGGAGGACAACAUCUCCGACGCAGAGAGUGAGGUGGCGCGCACGUCGUCGUUUGCGGAGGACCACCUAGAUGAGACCAGCAAGUCCCCAGAGCAUGUGCCCUCCCCUGGGAAAAUUGGGGCCGAAACGCACCCGGAACCGUCGCUGGACAUCAGCAACAACGACGACGCGCCUAUGUCAUUCAACGUGCGCAAGCUCGGGGGUGGCAUGUCCUCCAGCCAGGAAAGCCUGAACGUCACACCUCGCCCGGUGUCUGGGGCGCCACUGCCAUCUCAACGGCCCAUGUCAACGGGUCCCAAUGCGUACGCGCAGAACGGCAACUAUGGUUCUGAUUCGCCUGCGUCGCUGUCUGGGGCCAAGUCACCGUUCUCGCCGCAUGACUCGCCUGUGCAAGACGACGUGUCCUCGAGUGCCGGGGCACCGGCUGCGGGUACGAUUAUCAUGUUGAAAAAGGACAGGAAGAGUUCGAAAAAGAGCACAAAGCGCAAGGGCGGUAAAGAUAAGACUGGCACUGACUCGUCGAAUGGAACUGGAACUGACCCCGCAUUCACCCCGUCGUCCAGACCGAGAGGGGCGGCCGAUGCGAUCUAAGUGACUCUAGUUAUGUUCUUAGAAGAGACGGUAUAUAUGUAUAGUGUAGGUAGGACGAUAUGUAGUCGUGCGAGCGUUGGCGGCUUUUACGAUCAUAUCUUACUGGACCUCUAGUCGUGCUGGCGUUCCCGGAUGUCGAUUGCUGUUAGAAGCGCAACGUCAUGGAAGAAGCAGUGAGAGCGACGGUAGCAGUGUAGUACUUUUAUUACUAUCUACCCUUGGAGGAGAAUACAGCCUUGUCCUCGCUGUAAAAUAUUGAAAUAUAAACCUGGUUUGGGAUUAAAAGUAUUAUCUAAUCAUUGUCA